AUGUGCACUGGAAGUUUGCAAGUGUUCUGGUAUGAUCGUCGUGGUUUUCUCAUGCCAAGCGUCCGAGCUAAUCUCCAUGAGCAGGAAGUCCACCUUCGCAACAUCUACAAGAUGCACGCCAAGGACCCGGUCUGGUUCGAAAACGAGCCCAAAUAUCUGGAUGCGAACCAAUUGAAGGGGGUUCGCAUACGUGGGCGUCGAGCACGGGACUCUAUUCUCGGUCACACAAGAAUUCUUUGGACCCGACAGGGUCAUUUCCUGAAGCAAGGGGAGGAGACGACAGAACUAAACGCAGAAGAUGACAGUCCGCGAACAUCGAGAGAUACAACUCCACAACAGGCCAUUGUAGGAGCAGAAGAGCCUCCGAAUGAUGAUGGUCGGCACUUAAUGUCCAUGCCUGUCGAGCUCCAACAAACCCCUGCAGAUGGGCCAGUCCCAUAUGUUCCAUUCAACAACCCGUCUGAACAAACAUGCCCUCCUGUAGAUGUGUAUGCUGAACAAAUGCAACAAUUCUUCCAUCCAUUCUUAGACGCCGAACUUCUGGAUACCUUUCCCAAUGGAGACCUGAUCAACUUCUCCGAGCUCGACACAAGUCCGAUGAGCCUGAAUUUUCUGGAUGGAUGGGCACCUGUGAUGGAUACGAAUCUCUCCACGGUAUAA